UAUUAUCAACAGAACUAUUAUUAUCAACAACCCUAAGCUGCAGCUGAAAUCAGUGGGCGUUUAUAUUGCGAGGGCGGAAUCCUCUGGAAGGACUAGCACCAUUACCAACCUGGCAUCAUGUUUCCCCACCUGAAGGGCCAGGGGCACCGUGUCAACCUGGAGUUGCUGCAGGAAUCCGCUUGCCGGGAGUUGAUGAAACUGCUGGAUGGCAUCAAGGGAUGCAAGGCUAUCGUGCUGGACAAGGCCAUGAUCGGGCCCCUGGAUUUGGUCACUCGUCCAAAGGUGUUCAAGGAUCGCAACCUCCGACUGCUGGCUCUGAGCCCGGACUUGCCGAGAGACGUGAACAACGUUGUGUACCUGGUGCGGCCGCAAGUGGCUCUGAUGGACCUGUUGGUGGGCCAUGUCAAAGCCAGCCCUCCUGGUAGCCGCCAGUUCCACAUAAUUUUCGUUCCACGACGCUCCUGCUUGUGCAUCAGCCACUUGGAAAACAGCGGAGUGUUAAGCAGCUUCGGUCAAAUCAAGGAGCUGGCCUGGAAUUUCUUUCCGUUAGAUUCCGACGUGGUUACCAUGGAGCUGCCGUUAGCAUUCAGGGACGUGAGUGUCGACGGAGACACCACUUCGCUGUACCAAAUGGCAGUCGGCCUCGUGCAGCUGCAGCGGCUCUACGGACGCAUUCUCAAGAUUUACGGCAAGGGUGAGCAGGCGCACCGGGUGUGGGAGCAUGCCAAGCAGCUGGGUCGCGAUGAGCGGGUGCUGUACCACGGGGACAAAGGCGUCAUUGAUCAAUUGAUCUUGCUGGACAGAAGCAUUGAUCUGCUUAGCCCCCUGGCCACGCAGCUCACCUACGAGGGGCUCAUUGACGAGUUCUUCGGCAUCCGGGAAAACAAGGUGACGCUGUCAGCAAAUCUAUUUACCGCUGACGAGUCAGCAGGGGGAAAUGGAAACGAGGAGUCGGCAGGCGGAAGUGCCAAUGGUAGAGGCGAAGGCGUUGAUCUAGAGACCUCGCUGAGCGACCCCCAGCAGAAGACCCUCCUCCUGCACUCCGGGGAGCAGCUGUACGGGGAACUGCGAGACAAGCACUUCAAUGAGGUUACCAAGCUUCUCGCGCGCAAGGCGCGGGAGAUCCACGCCCAGAUGCACUCUAAUUCGCAGAACACCGAAAUAAAGGUAAUGAAGACCUUUGUGGAUGGGUUGCGCCAGCUAAUGACCCAGAAGGCGGAGAUCUCAAAGCACACUUCCAUUGCGGGCUUGCUGCACGAGAAGGUUAAUGCCUACGACUUUGCCGACGAUCUGGCCGCCGAGCAGGAGUUCAUGGUGUGCGAGGACCUCGACAAGCCUAGUGCUUACAUCGAGGAUCGGAUUGCCAGCAAGGCGCCCUUGCGCACUGUGCUUCGGCUCCUGUGCCUGCAGUGCACAGCCGCGUCUGGGUUCAAGGAGAAACUACUCGGCCACUACAAGCGCGAACUCGUGCAGGUUUACGGCCUGGAGGUCCUGCUCACACUGAGCAGCCUAGAAAAGGCGGGUCUUCUCCACCAGCAGACCGAUUCGAGGGCAUACGCCGUUUUGAGAAAGACACUUCAUCUCACUGUGGACGACAACGUGGAGGUGGACCCGAGGGACAUCAGCUAUGUGCACAGCUUCUACGCCCCGCUGACGGUCAGGCUGGUGGAGCACACUCUGAAGCCCCUGGGUUGGCAGAGCCUGAAAAGCCAAAUCACAAAUCUGCCGGGGCCCACAUUUGAGGACUUCCAGGCGCAGCUGGUUGGCAUCGGAGGACGGCACGGAGGAGGCAUGAUUGGCGAGGGCUCGUUGUUGCAGGUGCCGCGUGUGGUGCUGGUGUGUUUUGUGGGCGGGUGCACGUUUGCCGAGAUCGCAGCUCUGCGCUUUCUAUCCGCCCAAGAGGACAACAAUGUGGAGUUCUUGAUCGCCACCACGAAGGUGGUCAACAAGAACUCCUUCCUCGACAGCCUGAUGGGAUCAUGAGGUCGGCGCCUGAGCCGUCUAGAGGCCCAUCGUCUGUCCAGCGACCAUGGACUGGUGCGCGGAUGAAACGCGUCGGGGCCGCUGAGGCCGAGGCGGAAGAAGAAGAGGAAGGGCAAGCGGCACAGCGCGACGGCUUAUGGGGCAGAGCCCUCGAAAUAGGGCCCAUUUGUUGCAGUGCCGCACAGCCGGGGAGAUAUUUUUAAAGCAUAUAUUUUUCGAUUCCAGCAUUUAUCUUUGUAUGCGACGUAUUCUCUUAAACGAUAUAUAUUUAUAUGAAUGUUUUCCAAUUACAACUUGCGAUGUGCACCAAAGAGGUCAAAAAGUAUUCAAUUUUACAUUAUCUAGCCACUUCUUGAAGAGUUACAGUUGCCACAUAACCAAUUAUUGGUGUUUAUUCGUUUAAUCCCGUCUCACUAUUAAGAAAACUCAUACAUAUGGUCUGGAAAACUGGAAAACCUACAAUGUCAUGCGCGGCUACAGUUCAAAGACAUAUUUUGUCGAUAUGAAUUAUUGAAAUCAGUUACUCAAAUUUUGAAUAAAUGUGAAACUUAGCACUAA